AUGCUCGCCCUGACUGAGCCAAACGCGAUACACGCGCUCGUGGUCGCAGAACCAAUGGUCGAUUGGGUAGGGUUAGACGAGGUGCUGAAAAAAGCGCGAGAAGCGGCCACGGCCGAGUCUCUCACAUCAUCUUCUCCGAACGUGCAGGCGGAGAGACAAGCACAGAAGCGAGCGCGGGCGUCCAAGACUGCGAACCUGCACACCGCGAUUGCUCCCUCCGUCGUGGCUGCGGUGGAGGAACUGGUCAAGCUGCGCUCGAAACUGUUCAGGACGCCGUCCGCGUAUUUCGAUCCAUUCUCGAGUCCGCUCUUAUUUCUACGUGCCCCGGGACGGGACACGCCUCUGGUCAAUGCCACUCCUGGAGAUCAGCUGCUCAGUGAGAUGGAUCAGGACGAGGACGAUGUCGACGUUGAUGUGGGAGGAGGUGAAUACACAGACUACGGCGAUCACGAGCACGAUACACAGCAAUCGAGUGCGUCAAAGGGGACGAGUACUCGAAUCACCUCUCACGAUGAGGUUGGUGCGCCCACCAUACCUCCUCGUCGACGGAAAGUCCUGCGCCGCUGGCCCGCUGUUGGCACGCCCGAGUCCGUCACAUUGCCACAUGUCCGCAUUUUCGUGCAGUCCGACGUUCAGCAGAAAAUAGCCGACGGUGAGAGCAACGCCAUAGACUCGGACAAAGGCCAUGCAGCGCUGAUGCGCGCCCAAGGCACCGAACUGGCCGAACUGAUGCGCCGGGCCUGUUUCAUUGGGCGGGAGAAGGGAUUCGCGGAGGAAAGAGUGCAACUUCAGUUGUGCGACUUGUCUGCCCGAGGUUUUGAUGCAGAUGGUGGCAUCAUGCAGGAAGCCGCGAUGAAGUGGCUAGGUGAGAUGUUCGACGAGGACAAAUUGUCAGCUUGA